ACUACUUUCUAAUGACCGGAGAGGUGCGUCACCGUCACCUUGGCGACUCCUUGCACUUUGGAGAUCCGGUUGCAGUUCAGGGGAAGGGGAGAAAGAGAAGCCUUUUCAGGCCCAGUGUACAUACGGAAAUGGUCCUUCACUUCUUUUUCUGAGGAAAUGGACACAUUUGGCUCUAAGUUCCAGCAGAAGGCUCUGAAGCAACCUAAGCAGAAGAAAUCCGAGUCGGCUGAAUUUCUGAUGGGAGAAGACGAGAGAGCCGCUGCGGAAGGUAUUGAAAACCCAGCUUUCGAUGGCAGGGAUGGGGACCUUUCGGCUUAUCACGCUCUGGGAAGUCAAGAAAUUGAACGUGACAAGCAGGAUAGCACCCUUGCAGCUCAGAAACACAAAAUGGAGCUGCAAGCCCCUGCCGAACCAAGAGGAAAUGAAUGCGCCCGAAAUUACUUUGACCCGCCGAUGGCGGAGGAAACCAACCCAAGGCAGUGCAGGAUGGAGGUCGGCACGGAAGAUGAGCUGGAAUUAAAACUUAUGAGAGAGGGUGAACAAGAACUUUAUUACAAGAUGUCAGUGAUGCUGACUGAAGAUGACACUACGACCAUCAUAGAUUUACCAGGUACAGUGCUCCCAGAUGAGGAGGCGGAGGUGAAGAUGGAGGUGACGGCGCGAGGCGCAGCUCUUCUCCCUGCUCCCCCGGGCCGCGGGCGGGCCGCCCAGGAGGAGCCGGUCCCCUGUUACGCGGAGCGGCUGAAGGAGUGUGUGCGGGGUGACGUGAUCGCUCUUGGCAGCCUUUCACCGGAACAGAAUGCGCACUCCGUGAUGCAGAAAGGGAUGUCGCAGGAAGCGGAGCGAGAGGAAAAGAAAAGACUAAUGUCCUUCUUAAGGGGAAAUGCAGAGGAAUUUAAUACACACAGAGAUCUUCACCAGCAAGAACAGAUAUUGCAUGACAAGCUUCACGCAGCUUUUCAACGAGCAGAGAGUCAGUUGCUGAAGGCGCUGCGCAAACGCAAAGGUGAAGUGAUCGCCAAAUAUGGCACCAUGGCCGAAGUCACGGCGCCGCCAGACAGGGAGCAUGGACUUCACUGGCAGGUGGAGUGGAGCCGGACCCCGCAGCCCGUGGAGAUCCACCUGCUCUGUCUGCGAGCCGUCAGGGACAAGCUGCCCAGGGGCCACUACGCGGUGAGCGUGGCCCUCCACGCCCGCCUGGGGGGCCGCGCCCUCCGCUGGUCCCGGCUGAAGGAGCGCCCGUGGGCCGGGACCACCGAGCGCGUGGAGCACCGGGGCCGAUUCCACGACACGGAGCUGCGCCUCGAUCAAAGCGUCUCCACCGUCCUGCCCGCGUCGAGCGACGUGGUGCCGUCGAUGGUCCUGCAGUUCCGCCUCCUCUCCUUUCCCGGGGAGCGCAGUCACGUCAGCACCGUGGCGGCCUGGGGCGCCUUCCCCGUCUGCGACUGCGGCUUCGACAUCGUCCAGGGGAAGUUCAGAACCCCCCUCCUGAGGGGCGAGCGGGCCCCGGCGCUCGACCAGUUCCGCAAGGUGGAGGAGCUGAUGUCGUCCGACCUGGACAACUGGUUGUGCAACCUGUACUUUCAGGUAAAGAAGCUCCCUCGAGGUGCCUCCGACGGGGCGGAGUACAGCGUGGCCCUGGAGGUCCCCUCCCAAUCCCAGCCGUGCGCGGGUGGCGCCCAGGGGCGCGGCUGCGGGACCGUGGAGCCCCAGCCCCAGGGGUCCCCGCUCAGCCUAUCCGCGCGCUCCAGGUGCUCCUCCGCGUCACUGCGAGGAAAGGAUUCGAGUCAAGUGAUCCCAGAAAAUGCAGAGCGGGCGAGCGGUGCCUUCCCAGUGAAAGGAGACACUGGAAUGUGCUACAAGAAGAAUCAAAGCCCAAAGAUCAGUGGCUCAAACCCAUGUCUGAAAGUAAACAUGCCACCUCUUCAGUGUGGCAAACAGGAAAUGAUCUCUGUUGAGGAGCUGGAGGAGUACACAUUCUCCCUACAGCCUCAGCAGUCCUGCGGCAGGCGGGCCGGCGGAGCGGCUGCUGAGCACACACAUUUGGCUCUCCGCAUGUUCCUGUCAGAGCUGGGCCUGUCACAGUGGCGCUCUCCAGAGUUCUGCUUCAUUAUGCUGCUCCUCGCUUUGAUCUGGUUUGUGAGGCUCUACCUGCAUUACUGCAGCCAAUGGCUCUUCCUCCAGGCCAUCGCAGUUCCUGUCAACAAAUUCCGGUUCCAUCCUCACACCGUGGAACUCGUCUACCAGAAUUCCUUGCUUCAUACCCGCGAGGAGUUGGCGAUGGUCGUGAUCGGACCUCUGACCUUGAAUGCAGUUACGUUACUUCUGGUUCUGAUCAGAUGGGGCUGUCAGCUAAUAUUUAGCUCAUUCCCUUCCUUCUUGUCAAAGUUUAUCAUGGCUCUGGGAGUGUGGACAGUGCUCGACCCUCUGGCAGUCUUUGCUGUGGAUGCAAUCCUGGGGCGGCUGGCCUACAGUGCCGAGCAGCCCAUGGCAGACGCCGCCAAGCUGUACUGGCACUUCCACCGAACUGAAAACUCAGGCGCGCCGGGGAUACUGAUCACACUCUUCCUCUACACCGUACUCUUCCUCUGCUCCAUCACCAUCCUCUACAUCUACUUUUUCAGGCUACACAAUGACGGCCGCAUGCUUGACAUCUUCCAGCGCUUGCACUCUAAAGAGGAAGCCUUCUUCAUUCCACAUGAUCUGGAGUUGUCCAACCAGGAGCUGAGCUACAUUGUGAAGAAGGCUGAGCAGUGGAGAGGAUUCAAUGGUGAGAGGAGGAAGGUGGCAGUGUACGACUACAUCUGGAUGGAGGACCCCUCGGCGGGCCGUGCCACCUCCAGCUGUGACCCCCAGCACGGCGCCGGGCCCUCCGGAGCCACGCCUGGCCGCGGGGAGACCAGCACGCGCGUGUCUGUCUACACCCUGCACCUCAGCGGGCUGAGGGAGCAGCACCGGCACUUCCUCAGACAGCCUGACGGGGCCAUCGUGGAGGUGACGGGUAAUGUGGACAGUGCAGAGCCUCCUGAGAGUGUGAUCGCCUGUCCGGGGAAGAGGCCACAGAAGGAUGCUCAGACGUGCUCAUCGGACCAGCUCAGGGAGAGGAAGAAGAAGAAGGCUGCAUGGCGUUCCCACAGGGUUGAGCCAGCAGGGAGAAGCUGCAGUGAGUCUGGGGCGGCGCCCAAACACCUCAGCCUUUGAUCUGGCGCCGAGAGGAUUCCAGUCCCCGCAAACAAAAAAAACCACCGCCUCGGCUCCAAUUACGCCGCGCCAUCCGCGCCGCGGCGCAAACCGCAGUUGAUCACUCCCCGUCAUGUUAAAAAUAAUUGGCCCGGCGCUAUAUUUCUGCAGUGUUUGGGAAAUGAGGACUGCGCCGAUCGAUCGGGAUUCUAAAGCCUUUUCAUCAUGUGUCCGCACCGAGGGCAUUGAUCAGUCUGAAAACACUGUAACCUGUAAACUGCUAAUGGAGGAACACAGGUAAAUCACGUCUUCCGAAUAAAUCACCGAAUAUAAUGCGGGCCCAUGCCCCCAAACAGAGGUGUAGUGAGAGAAUCCCAACAACAGUGAGGUGUAGUGUAAACCAGUAUAAAAUAUACUGUACAGGCAAGAAGCAUAAAUAUGGCGAAUGGGAAGGCCAUUCAUUACCCAAUAAACAAUGUAAAUUAAUGAUUCCAUUAGAAAAUUAAUGAGGGUCAUUAGGUCUUCAUUGCUGCCCCAACAAAAUGAAAAAUGAAGAUUCUAAAAGUCACUAAUCAGAGGGGCAGUGAUAAAAUAUCAAUAUUGGGCACACAUUAAGCUGGAUAAUAUUCAGGCUGGCUUGAUUUGUAUUGAAUAUGUGUCUGGUGGCUGGGCCUUGGCAUAAUGAACUAGCCCACAAAUCACUGCUUAAUGGGAGCCUACUUAUACAUAUUGCUUAAUUAAAGGUUGUGAGCUUAUUAACAUGUGUCUUUGGCAUCGAGCACCGGGGAUGUAAUCUGUGCAUACAGGACCAGGUUGUAAAGGUUUUAUAGAUAGCCUAUCAUAUUAAACUCAUUGUUUAAUCCCCAAUCUUAAUAACCUGUCAUUUUCAUUGAUGAUCCUUCAUUUUACGGUGGUCAUUAUAGCCGAAUUUCUGUAGUGGGAACACUUUUUGGGACUGUCAACCAGAGUGAUCAUUAUCUCAUACUUUUUGGACUGAAGUUUUUUCUUACCCCUACCUGUAUAAACCAUCACUCCAGUGACUGCAGUGCUGUGUGGGGAAAAUUACAGGUAACUUCAGAGUAAUAUUCCUUGCGACCAUGCUUGCUUAUCUUGGAAAGAAAGGAUGAAAAAUCGGUUUUGAAUAAUUCUUUUUUUUUAACAGCUGUCAACGUGUAACCUAAGUGUGAAACUGUCUGUGAUGCAGCAGCUGAUAUUGUGGGAUGCACAACUACUUGUAUUAAACGUAUUUGUAUUAAUCUUGAAAGCGAUAGCUGAAGCCUCAGAAAUUGGGCUUUUCAGUGGGAGUGUCUGAGGGAUGCUCAGUGCAGAUACUCAGUUUGAAUGCUCUGUCAUGCUCUGACCAGCACCACCAGCUUGCUUCACAAGCAAUUCAUACAUUUCUUCAUUAACUGUAAUGAUGUUACAUCUAUAAUCAUGUCAGUUCUGUUGUGAAUGCUGGCCACAAGACUAUGGA